GGUCUCCCCAUUCUCCGGGCUCCCCGCACUGCGGCCUCGGAGUCAGUGGGCGGCGGGCUCCGCCUCCGCCUGGGGACAGCCGGACCUCUGGUACCCGCACCUCUGGGGAUCCCCUCCCUCCCAGCCCCGGCCUGAACGCCUCUCUGGGCGUCGUCUUGGGGUUCUCCCCUCGUCCCUAAGGCUGGCAGGAUGGUGUCCUGGAUGAUCUGUCGCCUGGUGGUGCUGGUGUUUGGGAUGCUGUACCCAGCUUAUGCUUCCUACAAGGCUGUGAAGACCAAGAACAUUCGUGAAUAUGUCCGGUGGAUGAUGUACUGGAUCGUCUUUGCACUCUUCAUGGCAGCAGAGAUCUUCACAGACAUCUUCUUCUCCUGGUUUCCUUUCUACUACGAGAUCAAGAUGGCCUUUGUACUGUGGCUGCUCUCACCCUAUACCAGGGGGGCCAGCCUGCUUUACCGCAAGUUUGUCCACCCAUCCCUGUCCCGCCAUGAGAAGGAGAUCGACACAUACAUUGUGCAGGCCAAGGAGCGCAGCUAUGAGACGGUGCUGAGCUUUGGGAAGCGGGGCCUCAACAUUGCCGCCUCGGCCGCUGUGCAGGCUGCCACCAAGAGUCAGGGUGCUCUGGCUGGCAGGCUGCGGAGCUUCUCCAUGCAGGACCUGCGCUCCAUCCCCGACACCCCUGCCCCCACCUACCAGGACCCCCUCUACCUGGAGGACCAGGUCCCCCACCGGAGGCCACCCAUCGGGUACCGGGCAGGGGGCCUGCAGGACAGUGACACAGAGGAUGAGUGCUGGUCAGAUACAGAGGCAGCCCCCCAGCCACCAGCUCGGCCCCGAGAAAAGCCCCUGAGUCGCAGCCAGAGCCUGCGAGUGGUCAAGAGGAAGCCUCCGGUGCGGGAGGGCACCUCACGCUCCCUGAAGGUUCGGACGAGAAAAAAGACCAUGCCCUUGGACCUGGACAGCUAGGUGCCACAGAGUGUGGCCUGGUCUUACCUCACACUGUAAAGGGGAUGGGGGGCUUUUGCGGGGGGGACCUUUGGUUGCACAUCUGGCCUGCCUGCACCAGCUGCCAAGGCUCCUCCUCUCCUGCCUCCUGCUGUGGGUUAAGGGCCAGGGGGGGGCAGAUGCUGCUGGGGCCACGAGUUAGGGAUGAGUCCACAAUGUACCAGAGCAGGCUGGGCCCAGGCUUCUAUUUAUUCCUGUCUCAGCCCUCUCCCUGACCCAGGUGUGGGACCAGAGCCCUCCUGGAACCCCUGCAGAUGGACCCAAAAGUCCACCCAGCUGUGUUCAUUCCUUCAAAGUACUUGACAGCCUUUUCCAAGGCCUGGUGUGUGUCCUGGUUGUGUUUUGUGUUGAUGAAUGAGGUCAGCUUUGUGAAUGUUUUGAUAAAUAAAUAUAUAUGUGAAGA